AUGAGCUGUAGGAGAGGUUUUAGAUGGGAUGAAGCCAACCUUGGUGAAAUUGAAGCAAAUAAACAUGUAAGACAUAAAAUCACAGAACCCAAAGCUCCAUAUCAUCCUAUGAUACAUGAUACUGAUGGAUCUUUAUCACCUAUUGGGGGCUCUGAUAGUUUCCUUGAAGGAGAUGAUAACAACAACAUUAGACUGAAUGUUGAUGCAAUUCGUUCAGCACUGAAUGAGAUGGCAUCUUCUAGUAGCAACAGUAACUCCCAUUCUGGAUGGACAUCUUCAGAUGAUGAAGAUGAAGCAGAUGUCAUGUAUCAUGAUCUAGAUGAUGAAGGUGGGAAGAGUGCAAGAAGCUUUAGGGAGAAAAGAAAGGCGCACUAUGAUGAAUAUCGCAAAGUGAAAGAGUUACAGAAGAAGGAAUCAAUGAAAAAGGAUGAUGAAAAGAAAUCCAUUGUUGAUGGUUUAUCUGAUGAGCUUAUUCUAUACAUCAGAAUGCAAUUCACAUAUGAAAUUCGAGAGGGUAGGAGAAAACGGGUUCUCUCAGCUACAGGGAGUUUGGAUGUUGCGGGAGAUUAUGAUCUCGAUUGUGAUGAAGAUACUAACAGCUCUGUGUUUCCCUUACGUGUUGUCACGAGGGGUAUUUACAGUAUUUUGUUACCUGUUGGUGGUGAACUCAGGUGUUUACAGGGGAUUCUUGGUCCAUGUGCAUCACUUGAGAAGAAAGGUGCUUUAUGUUCUGAUACUAGUAUUGGUCAAGGGGGUAGUAUUACAUGGAAGGGUUGA